CCUUCGCAGUCUCGUACCUCUUCGCCGUCCGGCUUCAAGGCAGCAGACAGAGUUCAAAAUUUAUCAACCACAAUGUCGGGUGAAGAGGCUGUUCCCGCUGCUGAGGUUCCUGCCGUGAUUCCUGAGGAUAUGGACUUGAUGACGGCUCUGCAGCAUGUACUGAGGAAAUCACUUAACCAUGGUGGGCUUUCUCGGGGCAUUCAUGAAGGUACAAAGGUGAUUGAGAAGCAUGCUGCCCAGCUCUGUGUUCUUGCAGAGGAUUGUAACCAACCUGACUAUGUCAAGCUGAUCAAGGCACUUUGUGCUGAGCACAACACACACUUGAUUACAGUUCCGAGUGCCAAGACCCUUGGCGAGUGGGCUGGGCUGUGUAAGAUUGAUUCAGAGGGUAAGGCCAGGAAAGUGGUUGGUUGCUCCUGUGUUGUCGUGAAGGACUUUGGAGAGGAAAGCACCGCACUCAGCAUUGUUCAGCAGCAUGUGAAAUCUCAAUAAGUAGCUAGUUGAGGAGGUUAAACUAGAGUUUUAUCUAAGAGAAUCCUGUCAAUUUGGAAGAACCUUGAGUCCUGGGAUAUUUUUUUUUUUUCUUUUUCUAUCUUGCUCUACUUUUUUAUGUACCUUUAAUGGAUUUUGUUUUGUUUGAGGUUAAACAUCCUAUUUAGUGAUAUGGGAAGACAUGUGUUACUGAUUUAAUUAACUUUUUAUGGUGUUGAAAAAGUUGCUCCUUUUUGUUUGAAUGGAAUGAUUCGCUAAGUUCAAAUUUAAAUGCUCUUUGCAAUAUGUAGAUUUUGAAGUUUAUAAAUCAUGAUGAGACUU